CUGCCAACCGCCGUCAAAAUCGACCCCAAAGAUGUUCCGCCCCCAACGCCCGUGAAGCUGCCCAACAGCCGCCCUCAACUGCAAGCCCCUUCAGCGCCUACCGGUGAGACGAAGCCAUUGACGUCCAUCCUGCAAAAUGUAUAUCGCCCGGCAGACGUCACAUCCACCGUCUUUGAUGCUCUUGGGGUACACCUCAUCCCGGACGCCACCCCCGCAGAUCUCAUCCCGGACUCCGCGUUCCUCCCCGACUUUGAGUCUUGGGAUAAGCUCUCCCCGGAUGAGGCACGUGAGAAGAACGCGGAUACGCGCAAGGAUCUGAAUAAUGGCGUCCAAUCACCUGGUUGUCAAACCUACCUCGACCGCAAGCGCGAGCUGUCUCACUCGAACGAUGUCGCCUUCCGUACGGUGAGGCGCAUUCCCGCGCCCAAAGGCGAGCAGCAGGCACGACUUGGAAACUCGUACGAGUUUUUCAGAUGUCUCGAGGCUUUCACCACUUACUGGGAUGAUACGUCCAAGCCCAACCCAUCCCUCGAUGCUAAGGAAACGUCGGGGGAGGACAAGGCUGUCGAGGCGGAAAAGUCUGAGCAGGACACUUCGCAGACCCCUGAACAACCCCGCGUCAUCCGCACGUCGGCCGGUUCCUCGAUGCCUCCAGAGUACCGCCAAAGUCUCAUUACCGCCUUCCUCAAACUUGUAGCUUACGAUUUCGGCUGUAACGUCUCAGCUCCCCGAACCGAGCCCCGUCUGCACAUCACCGCCGCCCCAUCUGCCGUCCCCAAACGUCAAAAGGAACCCCUGCCACCCAGAGCUUCAUACUUCGCGUCUGGAUGCACUUUCAUCUUCCGCACCCCUAGGACCCGUGAGGCUGCUCGAAAGGGUAUCAUCGAAGGACCCCUGGCCGCCGUCACUGCUCGGGGGUCUACGUCUUUUGAGAACGACAGCGAUCAAGCAAUCGACUUGGCCCGCGAACUUGUUGCCGCCCUCGUCACCGCCCAGCACCGUGCCCGCGAAGGCAAGACGGAGAAGCGGUCUGGCGAGGGCCAGUGGUGGACAUCUAAGCCCCGUUGGGGCGGUGGCUCCGGAGGCCCCAUCGGCCGCGAGGUCGAGAGGGACGCCAUCCAGGGCGACAAGGACAACGUGGACUCGGAGACCGGCCAGCCUGCGAGCAAGAGACCGCGCAAGAACAUGUCCAUCUACGAUAACUACCGCAUGCUUCGCCCGCCUUCCGCCAGUUGGGACCAAAAGUCUCAAUACGAAGCCAUCGGCAAGGUCAAGGGGGUCGGCUACGAUGACAUCUUCGUCAUCAGCUCGCUAUUCCACCACGUCAGCUUUCUGCGAGUUCGCGUGCCGGAGCGCCUGCUCGAGGUUCUGGAGGGCGCGGGCGAGGAUGGCGUCCACCGCAGCUGGGCCCAGGUCGAAGUGCGCCGCACCCCUUGGUUCGAUUUCUUCAAGAUGGACGAGCGGCUGGACGCCAUGCGUCUCGUCUGGUGCCUGAUGAACUGGCUCAUGAGGAAGCAGGAAGAGAAGAACGAGGAGGACGUCAAGAUGGUCGAUGCAUAA